CCCUUUCAGCCAGGAGGGUUAGAGCUUAAUGUCGGGUCUCUGACCCGAAAUAUUAUAUUUUGCCUUUGCUUCUACGUAUAUUGGCGGACGGCUUGAGUGCUUCCAUUUUUUAAAUCUUCGAUCAGGGAUGAGCAUUGCUUUCUCUGCCGCCAGAUCUGGCUGAUUGGUAGUCUGGUGGGUAAUAAGUUUUGGGCGGACAGGAGGUGGUCACCAUGGAAACCCUUGCCCAACAUGGAGGUUUGCGGGAAGGCCCCGGUGGCUGUGCACAACCAUGUGGAUAAGGAUAAGUUUUUGCACGAGGUUUACCCGCUGAGAAAACCUGCAAUUCUUAAAGGAAUUCAUUUGGGCACGUGCACAUCGAAAUGGACAGUGGAUUACCUGAGCACAGCGGGAGGAAAUCAAGAAGUCAAAAUCCAUGUUGCUUCAGUACCACAAAUGGAUUUUAUCAACAAAAAUUUUAUCUACAGAACUUUACCAUUUGAUGUUUUUGUGAAGCGUGCAGCAGAGGAAACUCAUGCAGAGUAUUUCAUAUCUGAGGAUGAAAAGUAUUACUUGCGGUCAUUAGGAGUAGACCCACGUAAGGAUGUUGCGGAUAUCACAAAACAAUUCCCAACUCUGGCUGAGGACAUCAAAAUCCCAGAAUUCUUUGACAAGGAACAAUUUUUCUCCAGUGUUUUUCGAAUUAGCUCACCAGGCCUUCAGCUCUGGACUCAUUAUGAUGUUAUGGAUAACUUCCUAAUCCAAGUGACAGGAAGGAAGCGAGUGUUGCUGUUUAGCCCUCGAGAUGCACCUUAUUUAUAUCUGACAGGCGAUAAAUCUGAAGUCUUGCAUGUCGAUGCUCCUGAUUUAGAAAAAUAUCCAAAAUUCGCUAAAGCCCAGAGCUAUGAAUGUCAUUUAGAGCCAGGCGAUGUGCUUUACAUCCCAGCAUUGUGGUUUCAUAACACCCUGGCUAAAGAGUUUGGGGUGGGUGUGAAUGUAUUUUGGAAACACCUUCCAGCAGACUGCUAUGAUAAAACAGACACCUAUGGAAACAAAGAUCCCACAGCAGCCUCGAGGGCAAUGCAGAUUUUAGACCGAGCCUUAAAAACUCUAGAAGAACUUCCUGAUGAAUACAGAGACUUUUAUGCCCGAAGGAUGGUUCUACGAAUUCAAAGUAAAUCAUACAGUAGUCAUUAUAAAUAACGCUUGAUGCCUUGAUUACUUUGGAGAAAAAAAGUUUGUAUAGAUGCCCUAUUUAUUUACAAUAAAUCCCAUAUUUGAGUAAUGAAAACGGUUCAGUUACUUUUUAAUU